AUCUUAAUGGCCACCUCUAUGGCAAGUGGGGCCAAAGCUGGGGACCCCGUAUCCACCUGGCCGGACGGUCAAAAUUUUGGUUGAAGCGUGCGAGCCUCGCCGGAGGGAGACCCGUCUGCGCUUGAAGGUAAUUUUCAUAGGCUUCCGGCGCAAGGAGCCCAGUGUAACCGCCGCCGCCGCCGCCUCCCUUUCUGUCCAUCCCGCUCGUCCAACGCCGUUGCCACAGCGAAGAGGCCAGAGGGGGAGACAAAUAGAGCAUGCAACUCCAUGGCGACGGAGGAGCGGGUGUUAAUGGAUCUGGCGCGGAUGGUGCCGGCGACCCUCCUGCUCGUCGGCACCUCGGAAAAGGUCAUCACGAGCAUCAAGGGCGCCCGGGAGCUGCUCGCCGGGGACAAGUGGGGAUUCGACGACUCCGACGACCCCGCGUCUCCGCCUUCGAAUCCCGCCCGAGGCGGAGACCGAGGCACCAGCGACCCCGUGGAGACCACCGGAGGUGGCGAUCACAGCCUCGGCGUCCACGAGGAGACGACCGGAGGCGGAGAUCCCAGCUUCCUCGGCGUACCCUUGAAGACCACUUGCGGCAGCCCGGCCAGCCUCCGUUGCGGGAUCCCCGUGAACAACGGUGGCGGGGAAGGCGCCGUGGGCAUCCGGGAUGGCACGUCCCACGGCUUCGACAAUUGGGCCGGCGCCGCCGACAUCCUGGCCAGCGCGCUGGCCCCCGAGGGUGGUCUCCCCGUCGCCUACCGCGAGAUCACGCGCCUCGUCGCGCUUCACGCCGAGGCCGGACACGUCUUCGUCGUCUGCGCCGCGCGCCUCGGCCUCCAACACGUCGACGACGAAGAAGACGCGCCUAUCGGCUUCCAACCCGACCACGACGCGCCGUGGAAGCGGUGGAUGGACCUCCGGGAGGCCGCCGUCCGCCACGCCCACGACGCGCUGCUCCGGUUGAGCUCCGCCGCGUCGGCGGCCACCUCGCCCGAGGACAUCCUCCGGUGGUGCUCCAACGAGUCCCCGCGCUGGGAAGGGUGGCGAUCGGCGGCGAGGCAGCUCGUGCAGGACGCCAGACGCAGCCUCGGCGAGCCCAAGGACGCGGUGAGGCUCAUGCGCGACGCCGUGCUGUGUGAGUUCUUCGAGACCUGGAUGAUUCUGAGACGCGCGUAACUGCAGGCUGCCUCUGAUGGCUUCCUGCUUUGUGCAGUUGGUGCUGGAGAAUUUCAGAUGCGAUUCUUGUGUAUGAAUAUGAACAUGCGAUUCAUUGA